GUAACAUCCGCAUUCUUAAUGCACAUGUGCCACUUUCACGGCGAGAGGCGUGCAGCAAGAUGUCGCAGGCCAUCCGAGCAUCACACUUCACGUCCGAAGUAACACAUUUCCAGGCCCAUACGACAUAACUUUAUAGACGUUGGUUCAGACUUUGGUUCAGACUUUGGUUCAGACUUUGGUUCAGACUUUGGCUCCGCCUUUGGUUCAGACCGACUUGUAACAUGAACGUGAAACGCCGCAAAGGCCCGUUGGUUGAGGCCUUGAGAGUACCUACGCCUCGACCUGUGUUACAGCACCUCGAGGCGCACGCCCGUGCCUGGGUCGUGACAAAAUUUCGGGCAAUUUACUCGGGCGACAAGUCGCUCGCCUUCUUCCUAGAGAAUCGGCAGGCGGUGGUGGAUGGCCUCAUUAGUCUGCUGUGGGAGCCGUUGCUGCUGGCGGCGGCGGCGGCCGGCGUGGAUGGGCCGGCGCAACGCCUCGGCAUCCCGGUGACUAGCCGCGGUGGCGGGGGCGGUGCCGCAGCGGCGGUGGUGUGCAUCCAGUUCGAUGCCACCUUCCCGUGCGAGCUGGAGCCUAAGCUGUCGGAGCUGUUGGACGAGGGCGGCGGCGUGGUGGCUCCCGCCGCCGGUGAUAUCCCCAGCCUUCGCUGGGAGGCUGAGGCGCAGUACUCGGAGGCGGGGCCCCCCAAGGGCAAGCGGUGGCUGCGCGUGAGCGGCCUGCCCCACGGACUGCCCGAGGGACUACAGCGGGACCUCGUGCAGCACCUCUUGAGUACCCCAGUAGAGGAGAUUAAGCGGGACGUGUUCUCAUACCAGUUCUCGCAGCCCGUGCUGCAGAGUGGGCAAGUGCUGGUGAAGGUGGGCGACACCGCGCGCCUGCCAUCGGCCGACGACGCUUUCGCGGUGGGACUGGGCAGGUGGGGGCGUCAGGUGAUCUUCCAGCGGGAGGACAUCGAUCGGUACCUCGCGCAGGCGGCCCGGGGGGCCCAGGUGCGCCGGGUGCGCCGCCCGCCGCCUGCCCCGGCUGCCGCCCGAGCGGCGGCCACGGCGGCUCCGGACGCGGCGGCCACGGCGGCCGCGGCUGCGGCCGCGGCUGCGGCUGCGACCGUGAGGGCGACCGCGGCGGCGGAGGCCGCGGCUGCGGCGGUCGCCGCGGCGGUUGCCGCGGGCGCGGAUGCCGCCGCUGUGGGGGUGCUGAAGGCGGCGGCGGCUGCUGCCGCAGAGGCUGUGGGCGUGGGCGUGGGCGACGGUGGCGGCCGUGGUGCCGCGGCGGGCCUUGGGCUCGACGGCCGAGGCAACGGCACCGGCAGCGGCCGCGGCCGCGACGCCCGCCCGUGGCAGCAGAAGGUCCGCGGCCGCGUGGUGUCCGCGGCUGAAGAGGCGGACGCGCUGGUGGUCCGGUCGCUGGUGCAGGCGGUCUUCGCCGCGGUGACCGCGAAUGCGGCCGUGGUGCCGGCGGUGGUGGUUGACCCCAACCCCUUCCGCAUGCUGGUGGACCCGGACGCGAUGGAGGCGAUGCCUGACGACGAUGAGGUGAUGCCGGACCGGACGCCGACUGCGCUGGACGCUGCGGCAGCUGCGGCCCGGCGUGCGGCCCCCAAGCGGAGCCGGGAGCAGGCGCAGGCGGCGGCCGCGGCGGGCGAGGCGGCGCUGGCGCUGGCCAUCCGGGAGAGCAAGGCGGCCAAACAGGCCUUGGCGACGGCGGCGGCGGUGCGAGCCGCCGCAACAGCCGCGGCGGCGGCGGCAGCAGCGGCCGGGGCCACGGGCACCCCGGCGGCGGCCGAGGCCGGGGCGGCCGCGGCGGUGGUCGCGACAGCAGGCGUGAGUGGCACGAUGGCCGCCGUAGAGGCCACCGCUGCGGCGGGCGUGGAGCCGGCCUCGCCGCCGGCCGCGCCGGUGUCAACGGCGGGCUUGGGGGGCAUCGUGGGCCCGGCGGUCCUGCCCGCGGGGUGGAGCAGCGACGGUGGUGUGGGUGAUGAGGGCCUGGCGGGCGGCGUCGGGCAGGGGCUGCUGGGGGAUGCGGAGACAGCGCCGGAUGCCAACGCGAAGCUGCUGUGUCAGGGCCGGCGGGGCGGUCCUGGCGACUUCAUGGACGUUAAGACGCACGUUCUUGACUCGGACAUCGACCUUGUCACGGCGGACCUGGCGGCAGCCGCUCAGCGGCUGCAUGCACGCGAGUGGACUGCGUGGUGGGCGCCGGCCCAGAAGCCGGAGGGCCGUCGUGUUACUGGCGGUACGGCAAUCCUCAUUCGGUCGAGCCUCCUGCAGCAAGGCGCCAUGGUGCUCGCUGGCGGCGCAGCUGCCGUGUCGGUGGCGGCUGGCGCGUGGGCGGGCCGCGGUGUUAGUUUGCAGUUGCAGUGGGGUGGCCACACCUUCACGCUGACGUCAGCCUACUUUCCCCUGGCAUCCACAGCGCAGCAGGCUUUCAUUCGUGAGUGGGUGGGCCUUCGGGCGUCGGGCUCGGGCGAGCACCUCCUGGCAGCUGACUUCAACUUUGUGGCAGAUGUGGCGCUGGACACCGUCACUGGCCGGGCGCGCAGCGACGGACCCGCAGCCGCCGCGCUGGCGGCGGCGUGCCCUGGCCUCAUUGACGUGUUACGGCGGCGCCACCCGGCUCGCCGCGUGUGUACCUUCUUCCACCCCCACGGGGCGAGUCGGCUGGACCGCAUUCUGUGCAGUGGCGGCCUCGAACCGCAGGUCCUGGAGUGCGGCGUCGCCGCCGGGGUGCCCUCCGAUCAUAUGCUUGUGACGGUUGCCCUUGCGGCGUCGCCUGAAGCCGCGCCACCCGCUCGGAGCCUGCCCAGGGCCCACCUCGGUUUCCGGGACUUCAAAGACUUGGAUCGUGACUACCGUGCCUGGCUGGGUACGGCCCUGGCGGCACGCCCUACUGAUCCUGUUGAGCUGCUGGAGUGGUGGCCGGCCCUUAAACGGGCUGCCGCCACGUCCGCCAACCGCCUGAGCCGGGAAGCUGUUACGAGGCGUGUGGCCGCCAGCCAGCGGGAGGCGGCCGCGCUUGAUGCGGCGGCAGCAGCUGCCGCCGCGGUGGAGGCUGGCGGUGAUGUGCAGGUGGCGGCGCAGGCGGCCGUGCGGGCGCGGUGCACGGCGGCGGAGGCCGCCGUGGCCGCGGCCGCCGGCGCGGCGCGACGUACGCGCCACGCGUGGCUGCGUGGCGGCGAGAAGCCCUGCCCUCUCCUCACGCGCACGCUGCGGCCGGCGGGUGGGCCGCGCGUGAUUGCCAAGUUGAAACAGCCCAAUGGCACCACUACAUCCGACCCCACGGUCAUGGGGCAGGUGAUGGCGCGGUACUGGAGGGACGUCAGUGCCGCGCCGCCGCCCGCUCCGGAUGCCCGCACGCAAGUCCUGGAUGCGCUGCAACAGCACGGGCGCCGGUGUACAGCCGAAGAGGCGGAUCAGCUGGGGCGGGUUGCGGUCUCGGCGGCGGAGACCCUGAGCAAACUGCGUUUCUGACGGACCGUCGCAUUGCCGAUAACGUCCUCUUGCUCCAACUUACUCCUGGCCUGUUGAAAGCCGCCAAAAAGGCCCCGGCUGUGGCGGCCUUCCUCGACUUUUACAAGGCGUAUGAUACGGUGGACCGCUCUUUUCUGCUCGCGUGUCUGGAGCGCAUGGGCGUGGGGGCGGGCUUUCUUACGUGGGUGUCCCGCCUGUUAACUGAUACACGUGGGGCGGCGUUGGUGAAUGGACGUGUGUCAGGAUGGGUGCCGUUGAUGGCGGGCGUGCGGCAGGGCUGCCCGUUGGCUCCGUUGCUCUACCUCGCUGUGGCACAAGCCCUUCUGUCAUGGCUACGCAGCCGGGGGCAUGGUGUGCUCGCUAACCUUGCGUCGGUGCUGGCGUCCCAGUAUGCGGAUGAUUGCACGCCGUUUCUGGAGGGGUUUCAGGCGGUGCCGGGGUUCCUGGCGGACAUGGAUGUGUUUCGGCGGGCGUCUGGACAACGGUUAAAUAUGACUAAAGUUGAACUGAUGGUGAUGGGGACGGUCGGCGGUGCUGGCGCCCUGCCGGCCGGCAUGGCUGGCCCGCCCCUGCCCCCUGGCUGGCGUGUGGUGCCGGCGGCCAAGUCACUAGGGGUGCAUUACGGGGAUUGGGGCGCAUGCUCCCCACCAGUUCCGUUUGAGGCCGUGAUGGGGGUGCUGAGCAAAAUCGCGCGCAUGCCCGUGUCCAUGUUUGGUCGGGCGGCCGCGGCGUCGGCUUAUGCUUUGGGCAAGGUCCUGUAUCAUUUGGAAUUUGCGGGUCUUCCCCAACUGUACGUUGUGGACCGGCUGCUAGCCAGGGUGGCGGCGGUGGUGGAUCGGCGACUGUCGCCGGCCCAGUUUGAUGCCAGCCCACAUGCACGCCCGGUUGGCCUCUCCAUUGACCUUAUGCAACUGCCUCCGGCGGUGGGGGGGGCGGGCCUGUUGCCGCUGGUGCCGCAUGUGAAAGCGCGGCAAGCCGGUCUCGCGGUCCGGUGUGUGUUGGGUGUGUGUGGUCUGCUGCCGUACGUGCCCCCGUGGACCCGGGUCGCGGCGGCGUGGCUGCGCCAGGUGCACCCGGCGGCAACGCCCCUGCGUUUCUUGGUGCGGGGGGCCGCGGACCGUGUGCUGAAUAAGCCGCUCACCCCGGCGGGCAAGCCGUUUGCGCGCCUGCUGAAAGCCAUGACUGCAUUGCCCGCGGUGACUCUUGUGGCGCCGCCCGAGCCGGGCGCGUGGGUGAGUCAUGUGCCGUUGUGGGCUAACCCGGCGCUGUGUGUGGACGGCCGCACGUGGGAAUUGGCUUUCGCGGAUUUGUUCGCUCUGCCGGGACUGGCGUGUGUGGGCCAGCUGGUUGCAGCGCAUGACGGCCUGAACGAACUGCGGCAGGCAUUGACAAGCCCUUGGGCGGAGGGCUCCCGGUCUGGUGAAGCGUGUGCGGAUAUGUAUGUGACUGCUGUGUGGAGGCGGGUGCUGCACUGGAGCACGCGGGCACGCCUGCCGUCGCCCCUGCCGGGGCCGGCGUCGCCUCAAGAGGCGGCCGACCGGUUUGCGGCGGCGGUGGCCCUUCUUCCCGCUGGCUGGGCUGCCGCCGCGCGUGCGGCCCAGCUGGCUCGGGGGCCUGCCGCCGCGCUGCCGCUCCCGGUGGCCGACGUCGUGAGUGCUACGGCGGAGUCGGUGCAACGGGUGGUGCGGGGACUUGGAUGGUUGCAGUGCGGGGGGCCGCCCAUCCUGCUCACUGCCUACACGGUGAAGGCGGGGACCGUGCUACAAAUGGCUCCACAGUUAGCCGCCCUGAAGGCUAAGCAUUUGCAGUAUGUGUGCGAUGCGGGUGUGUCGGGGGUGGGGGCUGCCCUGGCGGCGGGGGCCUUCGUGUGCACCUUGGCCCGCUUGUGGUCGCUGAAAUGGGAGAAUCAUCAUAAGGAAGCACUGUGGCGUGUGGCCGCCAACGCUUGCUGGGCGUUUCCACGGCAUGCUAGCGAGCGGGCGCGAGGCGUUACUGUUGACCCGUGUUGGGCGUGUGGGGUGGACAUGCAGGAUGGGGACCGGCGUCAUUGGUUUUGGGACUGCACUGUUGCGCUGUCACUGCGGGAAAGUAUGGGGAUGGCUAUGGGUUUCCUGCCGGAGGAGGCUCUAAGUGCCUUCUCUCGUGAGGAGUUGUGGUUAGUGCGCCCGCCUGCGGGGCUUGCGCCACCUGUGUGGGAUGUGGUGUGUCUCGCUGCUAUGUCUGCCCUGGACUUUGGUCGGCAGCGUGUGGUUAUGGCCGGGUUGGCGGCGCGAGCGAAGCUGCCGUCGGCCCGGGUGCUGAGCAUUGGACUUGCCGUCGUAGCUGACUUCUGGGGUCGUCUCCAGACGUUUGUGACUUUGGGUGUCAGGCCGAAGGGUUGGGACGCUGUGCCGUUUGCGCAUCCCUUCAUAUCUCGGGCUGUUGGUGACGGCAUGGUUUUGCGCUUGCCGUAUGACGCUGAUUCCCCGCCCCCCUCGCCGUGAGAGGUUGUGCGUGGUUGGUGGCUAUGUGUGUGGGCAGGAUGCACGUGUGGGCGACCGUUCUAGUACCUGGACGCUUGCGCCCUGGUUAGUGCGUGCGCUGUGCGUGUGUCCUGCGGCCUAGACGUUUCCCGGCACUCCUGUGCCUAGGCUUGUGGCGUUGAGGCACAGCGGUGGGGCUCUGGCGGGUUGAGGCUUGGCUAGGACUCACUGUGCGCGGAGUCACACGGACUUUGCCCGCGGGAGGGUUUGCAGCAAAGUCGGGGUUGGGCCCUGAUAGCAUGUGAUGGCUCGGCGUCUUCGGGAGC